AUGGAAAUCAUCAUAUCUACAAGAGAAAGUGACUUGACUGAGCAGUUUCUUCCUAAAAAGCAUUCUCAUUUUCUUCAAGACUCCAGUCUGGGCUCAUUUGGAUUGCUUGCCUAUGUGGGAUACAUCUUGUAUGCCUUCCCUCCCAUGUUUCGGUUGCACCAUUUAAAUGGCAUGCUUCUUGUUUUCAUUCUGUUUUGGGCUGCUAGCACAUAUAUCUUCAAUGUAGUAUUCACUUUCUCCAAUAACAAAUCAUGGAAGGAUAUGGAAAUAUGGGAAACUAUAGGCUUGUGGCAUUACCCUAUCCCAGGAUACUAUUUGCUUGCUCAAUUUUGUCUUGGUUUUCUUUUUGCUAUGUGUAAUCUUGUGAACAGUUCAGUGUUAUUGUGCAUUACUGAUCAAGGACAAUUAACAGCUGAUGAAUCUGUUGUGGAAGGUGAAAGAACUAGACGGUCUGAGUAG